GGAGAUCUUGUUUUUGCCCUGUGGGUCGGUAUGUGCCGAGUUGCCACCUAGUUGAUUGUAUUCGUAAAAUUUCUCUUUAGUAUCUUUUCAGAUCAUCUUUUUCUGCUUUGGAAACACAAACCCUCGAAUAGGAUUCCAUGUGUUGACGCUCCACACAUGAACACUGGAGCCCCACACCUCACCAAACAAUGCCAGACGUCAGUCCUCUCAGAUUACCCCUGUGGGAGCUCUCCGGUCCAGGAUUUUGAAUGGCUUUGAUAGUGAGGUCCGCUUUGUGCCAGUGCGAGGCUCACUUCCCUGGAGAAAGAAUCACAAGUCAAACUACACAACAGUAGCUAAUGGCAAGUAAUGAUCUAAUAAGGCAGAGGAAUGGGAUUUAUGAUAGUGGCCAGAGCAUAAUAAUGAAUAUCCCUCCCUGGCGUGUUUGUCUUUUGUGUCACCAGCUUAGAAACUCCCCAAAUGGCAUCCCAUUUCAAAUGAAUAACUAAAUACCAUUUGGAAUGUGCACGUCUUUCAGCCGGUGUUAACGUCCCGCUGAGAACAAUGGAACCAGCUUGACAGCUGAAACACAAAUGCCAUAUGAUACCUUUGCAUUUCCUCAAUGUAAACAUGAGAAGUUUAUGUCAGUGUAAAGGUGUUUGUACACUAUUUUGAUACUUCAGUCCUUCAGUCUUUGUCUCAACCAAGAGAUGGCCACAAACUCUUGGUAUAAAGUCUACAUGGGUAAAUGUAAACCUUAUGUUAUGGAACUUUUUGAGUGAGAGAAGGAGGGGCAGCAGCUGAGCCAUCAUCAUAUGACAGCUCCUCCCACGCAGAGCAAACACCUCCCUCCAGCUGUAGUUCCUAGUCCCUCUCAGAGAGCCGCACAGUCAGAUGCAGAUAGCCAUAGGUUGCUCUCCCACUGGAGCACAACAACUCAGGAGUGACUGCAUCUGAAUGAGGACACGGUCUCUACCUGUUAAUCAUCAGCGUGGUGCAGACAUUUACUCCAGUCAUUUAUUGCAGACAUUUGACUGACACCCUCUGCCUCUAUCUGCUUGUGCAUCUCCAUUUUUGGAGCACUUUUGGCCUCUCUGAGUCAGACCUGAUCAGUUACAGGGCAGCAUGUUUUCAGUGCCAGAAAAAAUUAACUUUGAUCAAAUCCUCUGUCAAAUUGGAGGCUUUGGGAAGUUCCAGAAGAUCUUGUAUGUAUGGAUCUGCCUACCUCAGAUCUUUCUGGCGUUCCACAUGCUGGUCUCUGUCUUCACUGGGGCCGUUCCUCCGUAUCUAUGCCGCCCCUCGAGGCCUUCGGCGGGCGCUCCGUCCUCUUUGAACUACAACUUCAGCCGUCUGGUCGCCCCUGAUGGCCGGCCUGAGCUGUCCUGCGUGUUUCCCUUGAACCACAGCGGUGCUGCAGCUCUUGGUGAUGAACACCCUACUGGGAGAUGCCAGGGGGGGUGGGAGUACAGCACCGAGACCUUCCAAAGCACUAUAGUAACUGAGUGGGACCUGGUCUGUGAUAGUGCCAGCCUGAACACCUUGGGCUCCUCCAUGUACAUGUUUGGCCUCCUAGUUGGAGCUCCUGUGUUUGGGAGCUUAGCUGAUAAGUACGGUCGCAGGAUCAUCAUUCUCAUUAGCCUGGCCAUCCAGGCCGUCUUUGGGGUUGCCGCUGCUUUCGCCCCCAAUUUCUACGUCUACAUCGCGCUUCGCUUUGUAGUUGGAACAUCCAUCUCUGGAGUCAUCAUGAAUGCCUUUGUCCUAGGCACAGAAUGGACAGGAUCCAAGCAGCGGAUGUUGGCCGGCAUAAUCACCGACUACUUUUUCGGCUUUGGCUACAUUCUGCUGGCCGGAGUGGCGUACCUCAUAAGAGACUGGCGUAAACUGCAGCUGGCUAUCUCAGCGCCCAGUUUCCUCUUCAUCGUUUACAUCUGGGUGUUGCCAAAGUCAGCUCGCUGGUUAAUGGCCAAUAACAGAAAGGAGGAAGCAUGGGAACUGAUCCAGAAAGCAGCAAAGAUGAAUGGGAAACCGCUCAUCAAAGAUUUGGAGAUGUGCCAGAUCUAUAACAUUGAGGAGAAAACUGAGGUGAAGAAAAAAUACUCAUUCGUAGACCUUAUUCGAACCCCAAAAAUGAGGAAGCAGUCCUUGAUCGUUUUUUAUCUCUGGUUCGCCAACGUGCUCGUGUACUACGGCCUGUCUCUCAACAUUUCUGACUUUGGAAUGAACAUCUAUUUGACCCAGAUGAUCUUUGGCCUGGUAGAGAUGCCUGCACGCACCAUCACCCUGUUCACCCUCAACCGCUCCCGCAAGAUCUCCCAGCUAGCCUUUCUGACUGUGGGCGGCACGGCCUGCCUGCUGACCAUCUUCAUCCCCAAUGAACUGUCCGCCAUUAAAACCGUGCUGGCCAUGAUUGGGAAAUUCGGGAUCACAGCCUCUCUUUCCAUUAUUUACGUCUACUCAGCUGAAGUGUUCCCCACUGUCAUCAGACAGAAUGGGAUCGGUAUCAGCUCCAUGUGCGCCCGGACUGGAGGGGUCCUGGCUCCCAUGCUGUACCUUCUGAGGAACAUCAGUCCCCAGGCUCCCAUGGUUCUCUGUGGCUUGUGCCCUCUGCUGGGCUCUGGCCUCACCCUGCUGCUACCUGAGACCGCCAACAAGCCCCUGCCUGACACCAUCGAAGACAUAGAGGGACCCGACCUCAGCGAGGAGUAUGGCGGUGUGAAGCCAGUCGUCUUUGAGACCCCUCCGUGGAAAACGGACGUCGGCUGCGGCAUCAGGAUGGACUGAUGUACAGCAGCAGCUUCGGUUUAACCUCACAUCUCAUGAGGCAGUCAGUAUUUUUCAGGACUUUUCCAAAAAGGCAAACGUCUGUGCUUCCAGUUGAAGUCCAGAUUAGACUUUGUUUUUAUAGGUCUUCUUUGCCAGAUAUCCAGAUUCUGAACAGUUAUCCAUCAGUUUGUGUGUAAGUAUUUUUACCCUUUUUCACUUCUCUUUUGUACAAGUUUGUUUUUAUACGACAUCUAUGCAUUUAUUCCAGUGUGUUAAAUAUCAUUAUCUUAUUUUAUUUUGUCAGUGGAAUUAAAAUAACUCACUUUAUGUAAUGUUAAGAAUGAAAUGUACUCCAUACGCUAGUAGGUAUGACAAUACAAAUGACAGUCUCAGUCCUCAAGGAGCCAUUAUAGCUAGAAACUGGUGAAUCUGGUUAAACUGGUGCCGUGGUGUAUGUGCAAAACCUAAUGAAAAUGUUAAAUAAAGGAGGCAGCUUCAUCCGCUUACAUAGCACCUAUUUGCUGCAGUAACUCACGCAAGAAGUCCAGGAAACACAUUUUCGUACACAACACUUGAAAUGACUGAAAUGAGUGUGAUUUACCAGAGAAUGUUUCAGGCCUUAAAGCUGCAUUCAUUCAUUAUUUGUGGUCACUUGGGGGGCAGCAGAGCAAGCUGGAAGCACAACAUUGGCGAAGUGAUGAUACACUCUAUAAAGAUUUUGCUGAAAAUCCGCAGCCUGCUGUUGCUGGAAAUGAUAUUGGUGAGAGGAAUUAUGGGUGAAAACCAAAACGAUAAGCUUGAAGAUUCUAAAAGACAACAGUUUGGACCUCACUGAUGCUCUUGUGGGAGCAAAUCCCUUCAGCAGGUUCAACAACUGGUGGACAGACUGAAACUAGAAGAGUGGAAGCUGUUAUAGCAGCACAUUGAUGAACAUUGUUUGGGAACUGUUUCUUUUCUCAUCUUGUUUGUGUUCUGGAAGUUGGUGCAACGUGCUACAUGUAGCGUACAUCCUUCUGUGGGCGGCAAGGUGCUCCUUGUCUCUUAUGCCAACACACUCCUCCACAACUGUCGGCUUACUAUGAGGUGAUACACUCCCAAAUAAAACACUUCUCUGUUGGGAUGCUUGUCUCUGAGACCCGAUCAACUUUACUGUUUAUCCGAGGCUGUAGCAGGUUUUUUAUAGAGUGAUGGUAUGGAUAUCAUAUGAAACUAGAAAACCUAAAGAAUCCAUUGGUACCAACCAUGUCGAGAAGGAGGCUGAAUAACACUCCAAAGUUAUGUAAAAUUUGGCGAGAAAAAACUGCCAUGGCCAUUUU